AUGAGAUAGAAAAAAAUAUUACGAGGAGAAGGAGAGGAGCCCUCGUGGCCCUCGGUGGACCCUGCCAACAGACAUGAAUAACCGCUCCAUCGCCUGGUGGCUGAAACAGAUCGGCCUGCCCCAGUACACCAAGACACUAGAGGGAGAAUAUUAUGGUCUGGAGGGUUUGCUGAGUGUAACGGACGGAGAGCUGAAGGACUCAGGGGUCGAGGAUGCCACGCACAGGGAGACCAUCCUCAACCAGCUGGCAAGACACCGGCAGACACUGGAGCCGCACUCUGGUGACACUCGCUGGCCCAAAAUCCAAUAUUCAAAUUGUGUGCACGUGGAGCGCAGAGUCAGCCGGAAGUACUCCCUGGGCUCUUCUAUUGAUCUGGUGAAGCCGAGGAAGGACCUGUUUCGUCACAGCAUGAUGCCCCGCCUCCUGCGCGCCGAUAAGAAGCCCCGCCUCUCCGCCUCCUGCUCCCAGCUCCGCCCACUGAACGAGGACAACGCUGUCAGCGAGGCAGAGCGCCUCCAGGACAGCAAACACAGCAAGAGGAGGAGUGUCAGCGCAUACCUCAGCCAGCUGAAGGUGUUCGGUGGUCGGAGAGACAUGGACUCGUUAAAGAAGGAGCUGGAGGAGGAGCUGAAGCUCGGCACCGAUGACCCGACGAGCCAUGCGUGGUUCCACGGACCGCUGGGCCGAGAGGCUGCAGAGUCUUUGUUUGAGAGGGACGGAGACUUCCUGGUCCGAGACUCGAGCUCUUCCCCCGGCGACUACGUUUUGAGCUGCUUUUGGAAGGACGGGCCGAUGCACUUCAAGAUCAUACGAGUGAUCCUUCGUCCAAAAAAGGGCUACUCCCGGGAGCUGUUCCAGUUCGAGGAGGAUCGCUUCGACAACGUUCCCGCUCUGAUCCGGUUCUACGUGGGCGGGCGUCGGCCCAUCUCCCAGGCCUCUGGCGCUGUGAUCUUUCACCCGACCACACGGACCCUUCCUCUGCGUGUCAUCAUCGAGCGACAUGGAGAUCCCACCACGAUCAGCAGCAGCACCAGCAGCAGCACUAUGAGUAGUCAUAGUAAUGGUGGCGCAGGGAAGGAAAGACACACUCACGCCAACCAAAGGCGCAGCUUCAGUUCUGCACACACCGACACACUGCAGGUCAUCAACCCACUGCUGAGGAGUGGAAGCCAGCCUGCCAACUUGGAGAACGUCGGACGGAGACCGUCGCUCCAGUCCGCCCAGUCCGACAGCAACCUGCGAACCGGCGUCCCACAGAACACCCCUUCGAAGAACACCGACCCCGCCCCCAUCUCCCCGGUGUUUCGCACAGGCAGCGAACCGCUGCUGAGCCCCCGACCGCGAAACACGCGCCCCUCCCACCCAGGUGGUGGCGUAACCUUGCGAGGUUCCGAUGGACAGCUGCACCCCAGAGCUCCUCCCAAACCUUUCAGGGUCUCCACUUUGUUUGCCAACGGCAUCCCCCCCCCACCCACCGGCCGGGCCGUUGACCCCUCCUCUUUCUACGACGAGCUGGUCAUCCAGGUGCCGCAGGCCCAGCAGAAAGGUCACGUGGACCGACUGCGCGCAGAGGAGAAGUGGCAGAGCCGCGCCCGCCUCACAGAGACUUCCUUUGGCUUCCUGGAGGCCCAGGAGAGCGCGGCGGCGGCGGCGUCAUCGCCACCGCCGACGCUGCCGCAGAAGAGAACAGCGGAGGAAGGGGAAGACUGGCAUUUUGAAACGCCCCAUGUGGAGUCGGUCUCGUGUUUCCAGUUGGAUCAGUUUGAGUCGCUGCUCUUGCCGGACAACAACCGGCCCCUAGAGCCCGGCGUCCUGCUGACCCUCAAGGAGUUGUUCAACCGCUCCAACGCCGACGUCACCGCUCUGCACAUGCUCAGCGUCGACUGCCAGGUAGCACGCAUUGUUGGGGUGACGGAGGAGCAGAAGACGCUUAUGGGCGUCGGAUCAGGGCUGGAGCUCGUGACUCUGCCCCACGGACGCCAGCUACGACAGGAUUUGUUAGAAAGGCAUCAUCUCGUAUCACUUGGAAUCGCAGUGGACAUCCUCGGCUGCACAGGAACUGUGAGCCAAAGGGCAACCGUCUUACACAAGUUGAUCCUAUUGGCUCAGGCCCUGAAGGAACACGCCCACAACCUCUACUCCUUCUCAGCUGUGAUGAAGGCUCUGGAGAUGCCUCAGAUAAUGCGACUGGAGAUGACGUGGCGAGCACUCAGGAGGACGCACACGGAGACGGCCAUUUUAUUUGAGAAGAAACUCAAACCCUUCAUGAACUUGCUGAACGACGGAGACGACUCCGUGGUCCACGGCCCCCUCGCCGUGCCUCACCUGGUUCCUCUGCUGAUGGCGAUGGAGGGCGACGACCCCGUGGAGAACAGCGAGCGCGGCUGCCAGCUUCUCUACGGCGUCCUCCAGGCCGCUCGCAGCGCCGCGCUGCACGCCCGCGACUACCAGCAGCACGCACAGUCCCUGCUCACCGCAGGAAGCUGGGAGCCGGUGCCCGAGCUGCUCGAGGCUUUCCGCACCGAGUUUGCCCUGCGGCUGCUCUGGGGUCAGUCGGGGGCGGAGGCCGACCGGGAGGAGCGCUACGACAAGUUCGACAAGAUCCUCCACGUGCUCUCCGACAAACUGGAGCCCGUGGAGAUGACCCCGCUGACCUGAGCCGCCGCUUCGCCACGUGGAAGGUGAAAGUCGGCAUUUUGACGGGAGGAAGGCAAGAUGAAAGUGAAAUGUUUUUCCAGUCUCGCCCGCCGAGACCACACGGACAUAAAGGAGACGGUGUUUUUGAGACGCGAGAGACUUCCAAGCUCGUCAAGUUUAACUUAUAAAGGAGUGAGUUGAGUGGCCCGGGUCUUUUACUGUCAAGAGCUGCGAUGGAUUCACUGAACGUGGGACGCAGUGGUUAACUUCUGGAAAUAUGCAUUUCUGAUACUCAAGACAAUGUUUUAUCAACACACACACACACCUCCUGAUACUCAAGAGACUAUACACACACUCAAACUGACCUGCUGCUGUGAGGAGACCACACUGGGAAUUGUUUUUUAUUUCAAUGUUUUCAAUGCAAUACAUGUCUCACCAAUGAAACUGUAAAGAAACAAAGAGGAGAAGGUG